CCUAGUGGCCCCGCAUCCUCCCACAGAGCCCCUGGGUCAGCCAGGAAGUUGGGGAUGAGAGGUGGGGGUGAGGGCCCUGGGGGCCGGCCUGCAGAGCCGCCCUCUGACCCUCCGGGACAGGCUCGGGGCGGGGGUCUUUCUCUUUCGGAGGUUUCUGGCAUCUCUCUCCCUCCCACCCCAGCAGGUCAGGCCUCCCCGAGAAACGAGAAAUGAGGCUGGUGGGAGGGAGGGUGCUCCACGCCCAGAAGACCCCAUGGCUCCGAGGAGCACAGACCAGUAACUCCUGGGACGUGAGCGGCUGGUGGACCUACCCUGCCACCAAGCCGGGCUGGGAAAAGCCUGUGGGAAGGGCCGUCCCCGCAAGCUGGUCCCUCCGACGGCAGCUUCACCCUGUGUGGGCCCUGGGGUCCGUGCACCCGAUGGACAGGCCACAUGGACACCCACCCAGUGCCUGUCUGACAGUGCAAACUCCCUGCUGCCCAGGCCCGCAUGUGGACUGUACCCUCAACAUAAGGGGCAGGCAGGCUCCCAGCACCCGACUCCAGGAAGCCCGGGCCCCGCAGAAGCUCCCAGCACCCGCCGAGGCCCCUCCUCCCGGGCUGCCCUGUGGAGACCCCGGUGGACGAGGCCACGGUGGACGACAGCUUCACGUCCGCCCAGCGGCACACACGGCACUGCGCUUCUGCCGUGCGUCCCUGCUUUAAGGUUACACUCCUGUGAGUCCGUGUGCAGGAGCGGGGAGGCCUUUGGGGGGCAGCUGAAGGCCCGGCUCGUGGGGGGCAGUGCUCAAAGGACGAGGGGACCCUCGGAGGGCGAGGUCACUCCUGACUCAGGUCUGCUCCUAGGCCGGCCACUGGCCCCGUCCCAGCUGUCCCCUCCGCCCGAGGCUGGGGGCUGGGAAGGCGCCGGCCCGCUGGCCCACAGGAGCCCAGGUGGCUGAUGGGGCCUGCAGCCUGCCCCACCCGGGAAGACAACAGGGGCUGCCAUUCUUGAAACCACUGCCUGCUGUCCAGCGGAAGAGACCCACGUGAAGACUGGCUCAGGAAGAGAGACUUAAGUAAGCAGGGAAGGCAAUGCUCUGCUGCCAGAGGUUAUCGGGAAAACCUCCUUCUGAGGUGAGUGACUGCACUGUGUGUGCAGGGACCCCAGCCCGCGGCCCCCUUGUAAGGGUGCCCCUCCGCAGGGUCGGAGCUGACGCUGCGAGGAAGGUGUAGGACAGGCAGCACCCCCCAGACGCGGCGUGGCUGGUGGAGCAGGGGUCAGCCUCGCCUCUGGCCCCGGAAAGAGAGAAGUGAUGAGAACUCAGCGAGCACAUCUGCUACGAGCCCUGGUGGGAAAAACCCAGAAGAGGCAAAAAUCUGCUGGGAGCUGACGGGCCCUGCCUCUCAGGAAUGUAAGCUUGGCGGCCCUGCAAGGCGGACCCAGAGCGGGCGGGGCCUUCAGGAGCUGACCCGGCCCCGCUGGGAGUCAGCACGGGCAGGCCGGGCUGAGUGAGGUCUGAGAGCCCAGCAGGCUGACGGUUUCCGGGGCGCAGGACAGGGCGCCCCCCCGUGGGACCGGCAGACUGCUUGGGCCCGUCAGCGUUGGCAGCAGACGCGGCCCAGCCCUCACUCGGGCUUUGCUGGGCGCUCAGCUCACCCACAACCCCCUCCUGCACACGGACGACGCCUGCUCUGGGAGGGGAUCUCCGAGUGUGGCCGAGGGUCUCAGCUGGGAGGUGGGGGCGUCCGGGGCCCCCCAGCAUGCCAGCCUGCCUGUGCACCCACAUGCGGGGGGAGCGGCUGACGGUGGGGGGACACCCUGUGCCCAGGGUGGGCGACUGGCCCCCACCCGCACCAUCCACUGGGGCCAGACAGACAGCGGGCCCGAGGGCGGCAGGCGGGCGCGUGGCGCUCCCAGGGAAGGUGGGGUGCGGGGGAGGGUCUCGGAGGCCUCCUGAAGAGGCCCCUGCUUUUCCCAUCAGGAAACACAUCCUGUGGGCGUCUGGCCGCUAUUUGUUACAGUUGGCUACGCCCUCCAGCUCUCCAAAAACAGCCUCAAAAACAACCAUUUCCUCCCUGCCGAGAGACGGGGAAGACGCAGGCGCGAGGCACACUCACACACACGCGCCUCCUCUGCCGUCUGCUCUCCAGGCCCAGCUGCUCUGCGGCAGAGGCGCCGGCAGGGGCUCAGACCCGCCGCCCGCUGCUCCCUGCCGCCCGGCUCCACGCCUGCCCCGCUCUGGUCCCGAGAGCGGCCAGCCCCGCGCUCUCCCGCCUCACCUGCCUGCGGGUUUCUGCUCGCCGCAGCCUCCGCCCCCCAGGAAGACGGCGCACUCAGGACUCGGGGCUCUCGCUGCUGCCUCUGUGUGCCCCCCGGGAUGGGAGGCCCUGGCCUCGGCGCAGGCCUGGCGCUGCUCCAGGUGCAGGAGGCCGGGUAAGGGGCCCGCGAGGCGGGCGCCCUCGCACCUGCCGCCCGGGCCUUCCCGCCGCCGCCGCCGAGCAUGAGUGGGGAUGUCCUCUAGCCAGCCCCGCUGACACGCUGACCGACCGCGGCUGGGACUCUCUCCACGACGCGAGACGGCACCGCGGCCGCGAUGACCGUCCGGAAAGUGGUGGCCACAGCCGUGCUGGUGGCUCUGGUCUCUCUCGUCCUCAACAACGCGGCGGCCUUCACUCCCAACUGGGUGUACCAGACGCUGGAGGACGGCCGGAGGCGCAGCGUGGGGCUCUGGCGGGCCUGCUGGCUGGCGGAGCGGCCCCGGGGGGUGCCCGGCCCGGGGGCCAGGCCGGGGCCGGCCGACGCUCGUGACUGCGAGGCCCUGGGCUGGGGCUCCGAGGCAGCCGGCUUCCAGGAGUCGCGAGGCACCGUCAAACUGCAGUUCGACAUGAUGCGAGCCUGCAACCUGGUCGCCACGGCGGCGCUGGCGGCCGGCCAGCUCACCUUCGUGCUGGGGCUGACGGGCCUGCCCCUUCUGUCGCCCGACGCCCAUUGCUGGGAGGAGGCCAUGGCUGCCGCGUUCCAGUUGGCGAGUUUCGUCCUGGUCAUCGGGCUGGUGACAUUCUACCGCAUCGGACCCUACACCAGCUUGUCCUGGUCAUGCUACCUGAACAUCGGCGCCUGCCUGCUGGCCACCCUGGCCGCCGCCAUGCUCAUCUGGAACGUCCUGCACCGGCGGGAGGACUGCACGGCUCCCCGCGUGAUCGUCAUCAGCCGAUCCCUGACCGCGCGCUUUCGCCGCGGGCUGGACAACGACUAUGUGGAGUCGCCAUGCUGAGGGUGAACCCCUCCACCUCGGGACCAUCUGGGAAGUGGGGCACUGCUCCCCACUCGAACACACACACCACACGCAUUGACCACGUUAUCCACGGACACGGGGCUUGACCACAUGGCAUCAGCACCCUCCCCUGCGGCCCGCGUCACGUUCCUGCACGGCCUUGCGCUCGGCCCUGGCCCAUGUUAAUUUAUUCAGCAUCUGCCGAGAGGGGCGUCCUGGGCCCUAACUACUCUGAUAAAACAGAACACAGGGAAAGAUUGUGACCUGCACAGACCUUCUUCUAGGGACUCAGAACUCACAGUCAGAUGGUCACGGCUUUACAACAGCAUGGUGUAAGUGAGGUCUAUUUACUCCUGAUUAUCCUUCUAAGUUAAAAUAAAAUGCCAACCUCUCACCAUG